AUGUCCUCCACCCACGUGCUACAAACGCGCCUGAAAGAGGUCUCUGCGUCCCUUAAUGAGAUCCAUACGCUUGUGACUCGAUUAAAAAAUUUCACUGCAGCUAUCGGGCAAGGCGAUGAGGCCCGCCUGGAGCUCGGGGCGGAGAUACACUCCCGGCUAAAGGAAGCUGAAGAGGAGAUGGAGCUCCUCAAAGUUGAGGUGGAAGUUUUGGAAAGUACCGGAACCAGCAAGAGGAAAGGCGGCGAGAAUGGAGAGAAGGACGCAGAGAAGAGAAGGGUGAUUGGACUGGCGGAAAGGUUAACGGAGGAAUUGAAGAGGACGAGGGUAGAGUUUCGCGCCGCACAACUGCAAGCUAACCGCAAUGCGGAGAUUGCCCGCCGAAAAGAACGAGAGUUGUUGCUCGCAAGACCUCGAGACGGUGGAGAGCGUCAGAAGCCUUCCGAAAAACUUACGCACGAUGAUUUGGUGGUCAACGCAUCGAGUGAUGUCACCGCGGCUCUUAGGAGGACGCAUCAGCUGAUGCAGGCGGAGCUUUCGAGAAGCCAAUUUGCGCAGGAGACCCUGGAACAGUCAACCGCUGCGCUUUCCUCUCUUUCAGAAUCCUACAGCAAUCUUGAUACCGUUCUCUCCUCAUCUCGUGCCUUGGUCAACUCUCUCCUCCGUUCUCAGAAGUCAGAUACGUGGUAUCUCGAAACGGCAUUUUACAUAUUAAUUGGCACAAUCGCAUGGCUAGUGUUUCGCCGAAUAUUGUACGGCCCGCUCUGGUGGCUUGUCUGGCUGCCGUUCAAGAUGGCCUACAGGUUUGUGGCGUCUGUAAUAGGCGUGGCUGGCGCGACGGGGGCGGUUUCUUCCACCUCCGCCAUCGUGAGCGGCACCGUAACCAUAGGAAUUCCAACAGUCGCUGGCACAGACGCUCCGAAGUAUGUAGUCGGAGGAGGACAGCCUCCUGGGAUGUUGGAUCAAGACACUGCUUCUACCGUGCAACCCGAUGACAGCAUGGUCGAGAAGAUCGGGCGAAUGGUAGAGGAGAGUAGAGAGGAACAAGUGGCAUCGUCUGAGGAAACAGUGGCCCAAGAUGUUCCUCAGAACCCGAAGAAAAGAAUGUGGGAAGAAAAUAUGUCAAUGGCGGCUAAUUUUUUCAACAACAAGGCGCGUGCUGCCGCCGCCGCAGCUGCCGCCAGCAGCUCAAAGCCGAAGACGGCCGAUAGCAAGGAGGAUCAGACGCGUCUACAACCGUGGGUUGAGAAAUACCGUCCGAAAUCCCUCGAUGAUGUCGCUGCCCAAGAUCAUACCAUAUCGGUCCUUCAGCGGACUUUGCAAGCUUCCAAUCUCCCUCACAUGCUCUUCUACGGCCCUCCAGGAACCGGCAAGACAUCUACCAUCCUUGCGCUGGCCAAGUCCCUCUUUGGCCCUGCUCUCUACCGCACGCGGAUUCUCGAACUGAACGCAUCCGACGAACGAGGAAUCAACAUCGUACGAGAGAAGAUCAAGGACUUUGCGCGGACUCAAUUGACGUACCCAACGGGACUGGACGCCGAGUACCGGUCCAAAUAUCCCUGCCCACCGUUCAAGAUCGUCAUCCUCGACGAAGCAGACAGUAUGACGCAGGACGCACAGUCUGCAUUACGUCGGACCAUGGAGCAAUACAGCCGCAUCACGCGGUUCUGUCUUGUUUGCAACUAUGUAACGAGAAUUAUCGAGCCCGUGGCGAGUCGAUGCAGUAAAUUCCGCUUCAAGGCGCUGGAUGGCGUUGCAGCUGGGGUCAGAUUGGAGGAGAUCGCCAAGGCGGAGAAAUUGAAACUCGAAGACGGCGUCAUCGACACGCUGAUCAAGUGCAGUGAUGGCGACCUUCGACGAGCAAUAACAUAUCUGCAGAGUGCAGCCAGACUGGUAGGGGCGCCUGGCGCAUCGGGUCACAAGGAGGACGGGGAUACCGAAAUGGCCGACGCAGACAGCUCAUCUUCGCUCAUCACCGUCAGAAUGAUUGAAGAGAUUGCGGGCGUUGUCCCGGAGAGCGUGCUCGACCGGUUAACGCAGGCCAUGCAGCCGAAGAAGAUGGGAUCAGCAUACGAGGCGGUAUCGGCCGUGGUAAACGACAUAGUCGCAGACGGAUGGAGUGCGACCCAGAUCUUAUCUCAAGUAUGGCUUCCCGCUCCCCAGAAAGAAGGAAGAAGUGCAUCACACUACUAA